GACCCGCCGCCGGCCCCUUUCCUCUCCGCCCUUCUCCUCUACGGCGAUCGCCUGGCCGCCCGGCUGCUCACCGCCGGUGCUCUCGCCGACGGCGAUGUCGUCUUCGGAGCUGCGGCCGCGCCCCGCCGCCUCCUUCUCCGGCGAACUGCCCGAGGACGCGCUGUACGAGGUCCUCCUCCGCAUCCCGGCCAAGGAGCUCUGCCGCCUCCGCGACGUCUGCCCUGCCUGGCGGGCCCUCACCUCCGACCCGCUCUUCCUCACGGCUCACAAGUCCCGCCACCACACGGCGCCCCCGCUCCUCGCCAUGGGCUACCGCAACGACAGUGGGGUCAGCGGCGUUGCGAUUCGGGAUCUGUCGGGCAACGUCGUGAAGCGGAUACCAAGCGCCGGGUAUGAAAUUGUUCCGGUGAACGCGUCGUCGGGGGAUACCAAUGGCUGUAUCUCAAGCAUAGAUGAUAUCGUCCGUGUUGUGCGCGCGCGGCUAGAACUCGUCUGUUUCAAUUCGAAGUUGCGCUCUGGGGCCUUCUGGGUGUUGAACCCGGCCACUGGAGAUACCAUCACCUUGCCGACCGGCUUCUCGGAGGAAUUGGCGCAUGGGAUAGAGGUAGAGGGGAUAAAGAAAUGGUGCCGCUGAGUCGAGUCGUGUGCUUUUGGACAGGUCUCCUCUACCAGAGAGUACAAGGCGCUCCGCGUCUCUGAAAUUGGUGACCGGAAGGUAUGUGAGGUUAUCACCUUUGAUGCUUCCAGCCAUGGAAGCUGGAGGAGAAAGCAGGACCCUCCGUCGUCCCAUGUCUGUGCCAGUCGCAAGAUGAGAUCAUUGAAAUGUGUGGUGGCCAAUGGGGUGGUGUACUUUUUAAUGGACUUUUACUCCACUUAUCGUAAAACUGGAGUUAUGACCAUUGAACCUGCUAGUGUCGCUUCAUUUAACCUCGAGACGGAGGAAUGGGGUGUUCUACGUGGUCCAGAACAGGUGCAGAGGUUUGUCCAAGAGGACAAGCUUUCCAGUUACUUCGAACUUGAACUCCUGUUAUCAUUGGCUGAGUUGAACGGCUGCUUAGUUAUGGUUCAUAAUAUUCAGACGCUAUCAAAGGACUUGUGGUUUUUGACAGAUUUUAAGAGGUGUGUCUGGGUUAAGAAAUACAGCAUGCCUCCACAUGUUUCUCGGUUUGGGCAUCCUUUUCUGAUGUUAGAUGAUGGGAGAAUUUUCUUCGUUCGGUUGGAUCAUCGACAAGGUUUCUUUAGUGCUUUAGAGCAUGGAGACGGAUUUCUGCAAAGUUAUGAUCCAAGAAAUGACACUUAUGCUGAUGCACUAAAACUGAAAGGUUCCAAAUUCAUUGGUGUUUACACAGAAAUGUUCACCUUAUGUUGGUGAAUAAUGCAUCGUACUGGCUGGUCACCUUAUGUUGUCUAUGUGAACAAUUAGUGAGAGAAUGUUGUGAUGCAUGCAUCGAUGAAAAUGUAAGUGUGCCUUCAAAGUAUAUUAUGUUAAUAUCUGCUGCAUUUUGCAUCAGAAGAUUUGCAGUAUUUUGUUCGUUUCAU